AUGGACUGUAUUAAUACCAGUAAAAAUAACUUAGCCAAAGACAAAAUAAUUUUUAGACGUUUUAGAUUGUUCAGUGCAGAACACGUUGUAGGUUGUUUACUGCAAAACACUGUAGAACACGUGAGAAAUAUUAUUUUCUAACGCUCAUAUAUUUUUAAUAUUUAGGCAUUUACAGCAUUUCCUCCGCUAGCCAUUGGUUUGUUUGACAAAACUGUGUCAUCAGAUAGUUUGCAGAGGUUUCCUCAACUUUAUAAACCUUCGCAGAAUGCGGAGUAUUUUAAUACCAGGGUAAGAAAGCUAUAGAUUUAUUGCCCUUGAUAUUCUGGAAUAUUUAUAGGAAACAUUGUUGUUUGCUCUGGAUCUUAGUGCCAACCAUUUCAAGUAUAUAUACAAUACAUAACGUUUCACUAUAUACUCCGCAAAUUCGUUGUUCGAAGUUCGGAACAUUCGUGAAAAAUUAGUUGAAAUCGACUGUAAUGGGCCGCAUCCACCCAGUAUUUUAUGACUCAGCAUUACGUUUGGGGACUGAAAUUUGCCGCAACAAUGUCGGCGACUUGAAUUCGCACUUCAACAAGAGCGUAUACUACAGAUUCCUAAGAAAUUGUCGCUCUAAUCACAUGAAUUUUUUUAUCAGGUAUUCUGGUUGUGGAUCGUUGCUGCUGUUGUUCACUCGUUAUUUUUGUUUUAUCUUCCAUCCCUAGCAUUAAAUAACGGUAAGCACAAGAUGAAGAAGUUAGUUAAAAGAUAAAUUUGCCGAUUUCGAAGCCAUUUUUUGUGCAAACUGCGAUUUCAUAGCUGUAGGCAAGUCUCUGUAAACCGUAAUGUAUAAAUACUGCAGUGUGUACUAAUUUGUCUUGUAAACACGCUGUGACAAGACGUGUAUCGCAUGUGCACCGUAGCAUAUUGCAGGCUUUUCGAUAUCCAUAAAAGUCUUCAGUUUUUACAUGCUAAUUCUUGCAAUAUUACAAUUUUAUUGUAGAUGUACCUUUCCAGGACGGUUUAGUUGUUGGAAAUUGGUUUGUUGGCAAUGUCGUGUACACGGUAAUUUAUUUGUAUAUAUUGUAAAACUACAACAUUUCACUUAUAUUCCUUCGUUAUUAGCCUCCUCUGCAGGCAUCUCUAUGGAUUUAACCUGCGAAUGGGUGUUCGAAAAAAAUUCUCACCAAACUUUUCCCGACCUCCCGGUGAGAGGCUACUUCGUUAUGUCGUUUGGUUUUUGUUAAAUUUUAAAAAUGUUUUCAUGUUGUAGCUGGUCGUUGUUACUGUUUGCCUGAAAGCAGCUCUUGAGUUAGAUUCCUGGAACUUGGUAUGAUAAUAUGAUUUCAAUGCAUGAAAUUAUGUUUGGUGUGUAGCUUGCUUUAGACAUGCAUGCUUAUUUCUUACAAAUUAUAUGUAUUUUCUAUUUCUAGCUUUGUCAUAUUGCAAUUUGGGGAAGCAUCCUUAGUUGGUUUAUAUUUUUAUUAAUUUAUUGUCAACCAUUUCUUGCGGAGUAUCUAGCUCCUGAUAUGAUUGGCCAGGUAAUUUAGUUUCAUAUUUCUCAUUUAGUUUAGUUAUGUGCAUUGUACCACUGAAAAUUUCUGUCAACAUAUUAACAUGACUGAGAGAAUUCGUUAUUUCAUUUACAAGUUAAGUUUAUUUUAGUGCUGUGCUGCAGCAAAUUUUCUUAAUAUUACUCCGGUUGGCAGAGCCAUGCCGGAGAUUUAGAAUGGGGAUUUUCUGUUUUCUUCGGGUUUUUUUGGGUGUCACAAAUGUGACAUUCCUUCGAGGGAUCGCAAGCCUAGAGUUGCAACGGUUAAGCUCCAGUAACCUAUACAGUUCGGUGGAAUCUAUUUUCAAAAUGGCGGCCACUCAUUAAUUUCAACUCAUUAGUUUCAUGAGUAUCCAUGUAAUAUAUAAAGCAUGAGCGGUCGAUCUGUAUCUAAUUAAAAUACAAAUGCAUCUAAGUAAUCAAGUUUAUACAUUAUGUCGGAAAUAUGGUUCGUUUUAGCUGAGAAAAUCCAAGCUAAAGUUUAUGUGUAUCUAGUCGAAAUCUCUAUCCGAUAUACUGAUAUUGAUUAAACAUUCAUUUAUUUUAAAUUUUCUUUAUAAAUUAUUAAUGAGCUUUUAUGGGAGGUAUUUUUAUUCACUUGUCAAGAUCAAAAGCCUAGAACGCAAGAUCUUCGCACCUGAGUACUUUCCAUGUACAUUGUCAGACCGGUCAGAUUGAUGAAAUUAUUAAAUGAAAUAUAAUAUUCUGACUGGAAUAUUUUGAUUAAAUCAGGAUGUUCAAAUAAGUUGUCCCAGAUCUUCCCAUGGCGAAGUUUCCUUCGGGCAACUUUGGUGUGACUCAUUGAUUUGUUUUGUUUCAGGAACAAAUGGUUUUCACUUGUCCUGGAUUCUGGUUUAUGCUGAUUCUUAUUCCAGUUAUCACCUUGUUCUUUGACUUCUGUUAUAAAUUGUGAGUAAAAAAUUCUUGAUUUUAGUAAUAUCACAGAAUAGAGACCUUACAGAAGACCGACUUGACUAUGAUUAUAACCGUUGCAAUUCUGUCGCCAUGUUCCUAGCCAGUACGCUUAUGGGAGGCAUUAACCCCUCUGAAAAUAUUCAAAAUGGCGGACGUUCAGGGGGUGAAUGCCUCUCGUAAACACACUGGCUAGGAACAUGGUGAGUACGUUUUGAUGACGAGUCAUUGCGUGGCAUUAGUUACGCUUUUUUGGAUACUGUGGUAAUAUAUUUAGAUUGUGUGUAUGGGUAUUCAAGAAAUACUUUGUGUUUUACCGGCUCUGUACCAAACUAACUUUUAUAUGAAUGCAUGGUCUUCAGUCGAAACGUCGACGUUUUUUUCCAUAUAUUUACUGAGUAUAGUUGCAUCUAGCGCCUGUAAAUCUGCAUGCUAAGUUACAUCCUUUCAGCAACUUCUUGAAUAUUCUUCUGGAACCCAGAUUCUGUAUUCCAUCAAAUUGUCCCUCUCCAGCGAUAUCCUAUAUCUUACAUUAGCAAUUCAGAUACAAAGGGUCAAAGCGAAGCCACUCAACUUGUGACACUGUAACGUAAAUCUCGUUUCAACCAAUAAGAUUAAUUUAGUGACACUAAAGUCAAAUAAAACACUAAAGAGUACUGUACAUAAUUCGAAAAUAUCGUUUCAUUAACGAAAUAUUAGAGUCGCUGGGGCUCUCGCUCGUGAAGAAAUGAGAGCAAAAUGGUGGAUAAGUUAAUGAAGUUAAUAAUGGUAAAAUGUUCAAACGAAUCUCACAAAGUUCUGAUGAUUGCCUCCAUGUUUAUAUAUUGAAGCCGUUCACUUUCCGGCAUUUGCGGUUGAUAUUUCAAACAAAGUAAAAAUAUAUUUUGCUAAAAUGAUAACGAGUUACGAUAAAAUUUGACGACAAAAUAAUUAACUAGACGUAUAUUCGCCGCAUUGAUUCGUUGUGUUUUGUACUUUAAAUGUAUUGUUUAGUGUACUGUUUAUUAUGUUUCCUUUGCGUCAUUAAAGAUAAUUCUUCAUUUUAUAGAUUCAGCAGAACGUUCAGGAAAACCUUAGCGCAAGAAAUUCAAGAAAUAGAGGAACGAAAAGUAUAUUAUUGUUUUUUAUUAUAUAAAGUAUAGUGCUUUAUAGAGAUUUCGAGCACUGAUAAAAGUGAUAAUCUCACAUGUGAGAUUAUUUAUGAUAAUCUUACAUAUGAAAAUUAUCGCUUUUCAAUUAUCGCUUUUCUGUAAAAAUUAUCGCUUUCAAAGACUGUCAUGUAUUAUUCUCUAUUUAUUAUAUAAAGUAUAGUGCUCUAUAGAGAUUUCGAGCACUGAUAAAAGUGAUAAUCUCACAUGUGAGAUUAUUCGUGAUAAUCUCACAUGUGAAAAUUAUCGCUUUUCAAUUAUCGCUUUUCUGUAAAAAUUAUCGCUUUUCAAAGACUGUUCUUUAUAUAAUAAACAGAAAAAUACAUGGGUGCUUGGAAAUACCAGAUUUAUUUCUCGUGUUGAACAUAUCUCACUCGUUCGCUGCGCUUACUCGUGAGAUAUCAUGUUCAACACUCGAAAUAAAUCUGGUAUUUCCGCGCACCUAUGUAUUAUUCUCUAUAUAUUUUGCAGUGUUGUUUAAUUUGCAGUUUAGUAUAUCUAGGAAAUCAUUAGGUUUCUUAGAAAAACUUGUAGGAAUGAAGCACUGUGUCAUGGGGUAAGGUGGUCUACACAUGUAGGAUGUGUAGUGCUAGCUCGACAUUCUGCUGAUUGAAGCGGCGAAACAUUGCCUGAUCACGUACAGGUUGAUUUAUUAGCAAAACAACACUUUUUGCUUCCAGUUCAUUGUUUUGAAUAAAAUUUUGAUGUUUUAUAUCUGAAUUUUCGUCAUAUUCAUUGCUAGAAUGAUCCUCAAUCGUCUCUUGGUCUUUCCACUCCUUCGGUAUACAGGUAUGAGCCGCAUGUCAUGACUUUAUUUCUUUAAUUAGCCAUUCCGAAGUUGAUGAGAGGACUGGGGACGAAUGUUAAAAAGUGCCCAAAUUAAGAAAUAAUCACUAAAAAGACCACCUCAAAAUUAGUAAGCAUACAAAGUUUGAAGACAUUUACAUGAAUACUCUUCGAAUAAUAAGCUUUCGAAAAUCGUGAUAUUUACCAUGAAAUGUACUGUAAUUUUUGUUUUUGGGGACCCGCGUCCCAAAAACAAUCUUUUAAUCGACAGUAAUUUCACACUUUUCGAAAGCUUAUUAUUCGAAGGGUAUUCAUGUAAACGUCUUCAAACUUUGUAUACUUACUAAUUUUUAGGUGGUCGUUUUAGUGAUUUGGUUUAUUUCUUAAUUUGGACACUUUUUAACACUCGUCCCCAGUCAACUCAUCAACUUCGGAAUGGCUAAUUGAUCAGUAUUGCUAUAGAAUCCUGAAAGUAGCGGCCCCCGAAAGUAAGUCAAAGUCAAAAUACUUUAUUUACCGAGGGUAAAAACAGUUUUAUAUCUGAAUUUUUGUCAUAUUCAUUUAGCUACUUUCGGGGGCUGUUUCUUUCUUCUGAGAGUUGCAUUACUUUUCCAAUGUUACAGUUAUAUAUCAGCAUCUUAUUUAACAAUUUUCAUUCAUAUUUAACAGGUCGACAUUCAGAUCAAAGAGUUUCAAGACCCAACGUAAGCUGUUGUAUAUUGUAGUAUUGAAAUUGUAUACUAUGUGAGUGAUAAGGGUCGCCAUGGGUCUGAUUAGGUUUAUAAUGAGCCCGGUUUCCAUUUAAUCGUAGCGGUCGCUGAUGUAAUAGAAUUACAUAUCUCUGCAAUCAGUGGCGUAACUGGCGGGUGCCCGGGUGUCCAGAGACGGGGGGCCCCCGGCAAAAUUUACCAUAAAAUGUUUUCUAGUUCAUUGGGCAAAUUGGCCCGGGCCUCAGUUAUUGAGAACCUUCUCAUUUGCAACGGGUGGCCCCCAAAAGCAAGAAUUGGUGAAAUUGUGAAAUUUGGACCCCUUUUUACUUUAGUAGAUGGAUGGUGAAAAAUGUUUGUUACAUUUUUUUACUUGUCAUAGUCCGGAAAAUUUUUUGAACCCCUUUUUUAAUGAAUAUAUAUGGUUCGAAAAUUUUUUGGGAAAAAAUAGGGCCCUACUUAAUAAUUUGACGGGGGGCCUCAGGAGGUUGCGUUACGCCACUGUCUGCAAUCUAUUCUGUGUUGUAUGCAAGUAGACUGAUUUACAUACAGCACAAGAAACACAAGAAAGAUGCAGACUAUUUGAUCUCGUCGAACAUGACUUGCUCACGACGGUUAUUCCAGACUUUAAAUCAGUGGCAGACACUUCGCGAAAUCUGGGGUGGGGGCCAAUUUAGGUUGCCAACAUGUAGCCACAGUUUGUUCCUGGAAAUCUUAGUUCUUUAAACCUUUUGGCUUAUAUUGAAUGCACCUAUUACCUAAUGAACAAAAUUUUGAUCUAGACAAGUCUAGACAAAAAUUAGCAUUAGAAAAUUAGUAAUAUUCCAGAAAAUUCGUUGCGAAAUAGCCCUGCGAAGUUUGCGGUUUUUCAGUCAUUUUGUAUUACGCGCGGGAAAUUGAUACCAAUUUCCCGUGCGUAAUACAAAAUCACUGAAAACGGCAAACUUCACAGGGCUAUAUUAUCCGCAUUUUACAACAUUUCGCAACGAAACGUCGGAAUAUUACUAAUUUUCUGAUGUUCUUUCAAGCUGUGGUGAAAUUUUUGUCUAGACUUGUUGAGAUCAAAAUUUUGGUUAUUAGGUAAUAGGUCCAUUUAUAGCUUACCGAGGCUUUCAACAGUUAUUCACCUAUCAUUUAAAGGCUUUCAGAAAUUAUUGGCGCCACUGCUGUACAUUAAAAUUUGUAUUGAAUUUGUGUUUAGAUGGUUAUGCAUUCUCGCAGGAGGAAAGUGCAUCUGUUCGUCAGGUACAGUUUGUUACAUCUGUAUGAACAAUGGAAAUAUCUAAAUGACCUGCCACGUUGCUGUUCAUGAACACAAUCCAAGAUUCCGAGAUCAUCACAAAAGAAAUAAUUGCAUGACAAAUGGCAGGGAUGGAUUAAUGGGGAGGGGUGGUGGUGCGCACCCCCCUAGCCCUGGCCAGAGGGGGUGCAGGGGAGGUUGCUAUUUUUCAUGAAUAAAUAAUAAAAUAUUAGAGACAAAAUGAGAUACAGUAAUUUGAGUAAUAACAUGAUGAUAAGCGAACUGUGAACAAUAACUCAGUUGUACACUUGUACCGCAUGGAGGCUGUUUUGCCAAAUUGCCAGACACAUGACCGACACAACUCGGCACCAGAGCUGGCAGAGCACCUCCUCCACCCCCCACCCCCUCCCUACCUCCCUGACAAAUAGUACUUUUAUUGAUUGGAUAUAUUUUUAAAUACAUAUUCUAGAUAUCAAGUUUACCUAAUAGAAAAUAUUAUCACAUAACUUAUUUAAUGUUUAAACAAUUGCAAAACAUAAUGCAUUUUGUAAUGGAAUAAGAUGAAUUUACAAUAAAAUGAAUGUAAUUUUCGGAUAGUUUAGGUCCAAGGCUUUAUUAUCGUCCUUAUAGUAAAGACAGGGUAAUAUCUUUCUCAAGAUUCCAAGAAUUAGCUUCAUAAAGCGUAGUAUGAUAAAAUGUACUACGUUUCGAGCAGUAUAGCUGCUCUUCAGAUACCCGUGCAAUGUGGCGGUCCUGUUUAUUCAGCUUUGUAACCACUCAUCGUGCGGACAAGAUAUACUUCUUACACAACGUUCUGUCUGUCCAUGUCAAAAUAAUCUGUUAAAAUUGGUUUUUAAGGCACCAGCUGUUCAAAGUUAUUUAACUCAUUUUUUCCUCGAUGUUUUUGUAGUAACGAUUCAAUCCCUUAGUGUACCUUUGUCUUUUCCUACUUUCUCUCGCAACAAUCUUCACUUGAUCCCAUUCUAUACCGUCUGCACACUCAAUCAUAUGGCGUGCCAAGCCACCAUUCUCUUUCUAUUCAUCCACUGCCGAUUCGCUUCCUUGUGCUAAAUCUCUUUUUAUUGCCUUACCUGUGUGUUCAUUUUUUCUAGUCUGGAGUAAUCUCCCUGUCUCCCCAACAUAUACAUCUGUUUGGCACACACAUAUAAUUCUAUAAACUACACUUCUGUUUGUUCCCCCCAACGGUCCCUUGCAUCCGGACUUGGCCUCUCUUAUUUUUCGCAUAAGAGGUGUAGAAUUUCAUGUGGGAGGGAGAUUAUUCCAGACUAGAAAAAAUGAACACAUGAGUAAGGUGAGAAUGACGAAGAAAGAUUUAGAGCAAGGAAACGAAUCGGCAACAGAUGAAUGGGAAAAGAGGAUAGUGGCUUGGCACGCGAAGAUUAUGGUGAGAGAAAGUAGGAAAAGACCGAAAGGUACAUAAAGGUAUUGAAUCAUUACGACUAAAAAAGAGUUAGAUAACUUUCAAUGGCGUGGUGCUUUGGCAACCAAUUUUAACAGAUUAUUUUUGACCAACAGAAAGAACGUUGUGUAAGACGUAUAUAAUGUACGCACGAUUAGUGGCAACGAAGCUGAAUAAACAUGACCCACUGUACUGAAUAAACACCUGAAGAAAUAAACACUCGUACUGUAUAAAUGCUCGAAACGUACAUUUCAUCGUUUUAACCUUUUUAAAGUUUUUAGCCUGAUUAAAAAUUAAAGAAAAAUUUGAAAGAUAAAAGUUAAUUACUAUUAAGGAUAAUCUUCAAUUUAUUGAACUACUAUUACUACAACAUAUAAACUUGCGGUUACAAUAUUUUGCCCUUCAUGCGACGGGACUCUUCCGAUUUCAUGGAAUCGCUUAGAGCAAAUAAGACCUAAGCUGAUUUCUUAUGCAUAUACUUUCAAUCUAUGUUUAAGUACCGUUUUAAUAUUAAGCAUUUAAAAUUUUAAUGAAAUCGUGUAACAUCAAUUAUUAUAAAUCUCCAUUUUGUUUCCAAUUGAUUCGCCAUUUGCUUUAUCUUUCAUGGUUUUUAAUCUGCUACUAAAUCAAUGUGCAACAAAUUUAUAAUUAAGUUCUUAUCUCUAUUUUAAAACUAAAAUAGUAAUCUACUGAUUUUUAAACAGGCGCAGUUAAUCCGACGGUAUGAUACGAAUCUUAAAAAGCCAGCGGGUGGAGAAUAAUGAAAAUAGAAAAUGUGAAAAUUGGUGUGCGUCCUUAAGGUAGAGUGGAGUUAUACCAAUUUUAAAUUUAAGCAUGUAUGAAUAAACUGCAUGUGAACUUAACCUACAAACUAAACCUAUAAACUAUAUAUAAACCUAUAAACUAAACCUAUAAACUAAACCUACAAACUAAACCUACAAACUAAACCUAUAAACUAAACCUAUAAACUAAACCUAUAAACUAAACCUAUAAACUAAACCUAUAAACUAAACUUAUAAACUAAACUUAUAAACUAAACCUACAAACUAAACCUAUAAACUAAACCUAUAAACUAAACCUAUAAACUAAACCUAUAAACUAAACAUAUAAACUAAACCUAUAAACUAAACCUAUAAACUAAACCCAUAAACUAAACCUAUAAACUAAACCAUAACUAAUUUUUCGAACUUUGGGCGAGAGUGCAGGCGAGAAUACUGUAGCUCAGUCGGAACUCAGUCGGUAUAGAGCAUUCAUCUGGAGAUUGAGAUGUCCCAGGUUCGAUUUCUCGCCACGCCAAUGGACUCAACAAGUCUAGACAAAAAUUUCAUCACAGCUUGAAAGAGCAUCACAAAAUUAGUAAUAUUUCAAAGUUUCGUUGCAAAAUGUUGUAAAAUGCGGAUAAUAUAGCCUUGCGAAGUUUGCAAUUUUCAGUCAUUUUAGAUUACAAACGGGAAAUGGUUAGUUACCACUUUUGUGCGUAAUACAAAAUGACUGAAAAUUACAAACUUCGCAAGGCUAUAUUAUCCGCAUUUUACAACAUUUUGCGACGAAACUUUGGAAUAUUACUAAUUUUGUGAUGCUCUUUCAAGCUGAGAUAAAAUUUUUGUUUAGGCUAGUUAAGAUCAAAAUUUUGGAAAAGUGGUAACCAUUUCCCGUUUGUAAUCUAAAGUGACUGAAAAUUGCAAAUUUCGCAAGGCUAUAUUAUCCGCAUUUUACAACAUUUCGCAACGAAACUUUGGAAUAUUACUAAUUUUGUGAUGCUCUUUCAUGCUAUGAUGGAAUUUUGUCUAGACUUGUUGAGAUCAAAAUUUUGGUUAAUUGAGGAGUGAUACUACUCAUUGCGAACAUAUGAGUAGUAUCAUGGUUUCAGGUAAAACUGGACCCUGCGGUAAACUAGGAGGUGACUGGCUCUCCACCUCAGCAACGCAUCUUCUUGGUAUAGCACUAGCGAAAAGGGAAUAGAGUACGUCGCUGUAUGGAUGAUACUGACAAUAGACCCCUUCGACCUACUUAUUCUAAUUAAUUUUGGGCAUCUCUCUUGAACAAGAUAGAGCGCAGUGUAGUCGAACCUCUUUUUAACACAAACGCUGAGGGACGGAGCAAACUGACCGUUUGAAACAGGGUUUGAAAGGUGUCAAAUGAGCCAUCGCUUUUUCAUGAUGACUCAUUCCUAAAAUUACGCCGAUAAUUUAAAAAGAUCAAUAACUAACAACAGACCUAGAUUUUGUAAGGCUUAGCUUCGCAAAGACUCCCAUGUCCUCUCCUUUUUGAAAUUUUAUGUCUUAUGGUAUUUCAUUUUCAAAUCUGCAGUUGAAGUAAACCGAAUAAAGCGUUGAUAUACUUAAGUAUAAUUGCAAACUGUGUCUCUUAUGUCCACAAAUAUAUUGUACUUCUUCAAUUACUUUUUAGCUGUUGUGAUGACUUCACGUCGUGUAAUAAGGAUUAUUGUAUUUAUUGUUGUCGUAAUAUAGACGACAUAUAGUAUGUAAAAUAUAAAUGUUGUGUUCAUUAUUUUAAUGUACAUUUGUAGUAUUAUUGCAUGACUGUUUUUAGUUUCGGUGCCAAUUUAUAUUUCUUGUACGUGUGCAUGAGACUCGAGAAAACGUAACACGGUAAAUCAUAGUCUUGCACGUGAUCUGGUGAAUUCGAAACCGUGCUCAAAUUUGGACGAUUUCGUCUUUCAUAUGGAUGCAUAAUAGUGGGUGAAUUCGAGCACAUCUACCCGUACAAAUUCCCUAGACUUGCUACAAGUCGACUUGCAACGUAACGCAUUGUAACUUGUCUCGCCUUGUAAGGAGUAAAGAAAUUUGAGCUAAAUAAUACGUUGUAGCAAGUCUACGGAUUUCCCUGUGAAUCGUACAGUCCAAAACGCUCGGGCACGUGUGUGACGUAGUUUUAUUCAACGAUGAAUAUAAGUACAUACAAUCAGGUGCAACAUGCACACUGGAGGAUUAUAAAUUGGCACGAUAAUACUUGUAUUAUUUAAAUAUGAAUAUUAGUUCAUUAUUUAAAUCUUAAAAUAAAUUACAUUAGAAGAUUGUGAAUGUAUUUAUGUC